AUGGAGGGAGAAGGAGACGAGAGCACAUUAGAAGAUAGUCCUGGAGCUGAGGAAGACUCCUCGGGAGGUUCGGGGAAGAUGAGAAAGUCGUGGAAGUUGCACAAAGUCGAGAGUGAGGAAGGCAUGUAUGCUUGUGACCAGUGUGAUAAAAUGUUCAGCAAGCAAAGCUCUCUAGCAAGACAUAAAUACGAGCACUCAGGUCAAAGGCCACACAAGUGUGACGUAUGCAGCAAGGCGUUUAAGCAUAAACAUCAUUUAACGGAACACAAGCGCCUGCACAGUGGUGAAAAACCAUUCCAGUGCAAAAAGUGUCUCAAGAGGUUUUCCCACUCAGGAUCCUAUAGCCAGCACAUGAAUCACCGAUACAGUUACUGUAAACCCUAUCAUGAGUGAUCUUCCUGUGUUUUAUGCCUCCUUUCCACAAGCCUGAUCUUCGAAUAUUCUCUACGUCAUAUAUUUACCGCAUAAAUAUGCUUUUCAUUAGAUCAUUGGCAUUCAGUAUAAAGAUUGGGUAAGAUUCAGUAUAAAGAAAAUCAAAGUUCUUUU